AAGAUUUACAGUUGUCUUUGUUUAGAGUAGCUAUAUAGCUUCAGGGUCCUCUGUGUUUUAUUUAGUGUUAGAAUGGAUACCUCUGGGAUAUCAUUUUUCUCAUAUUAUGGGUUAGGCUGAUCGCUCACGGCUUUUCACUCAAACCAUUUAAGAAAUUAGGUUAACUUCUGUUCUGUUUGCGAAGUAAACAAAGAACACAUCGAUUAAUUGCCCCAGGAAUUGACGCUGUGCUGUAUCGUAUGAAGUAAAAAGCCCUUGUCUGCCCAGCCCAUUGUCAAAACAAACCGUUUCAACGUGUUUCACGUCUAUAGCCUAUCUGCAAUGGGACCCUACAGCGUAGUUCGUGUAAUACAGAAUAAUAUUUUUAUUCAAUCGGGACAGCAGAGAAAGGGUGUAUUAGAGGAGCGGAGUGGGGGGAGCGAGAGCUGCAACAGGUGGGGUUUGAUAGCAGUGAGCAGAGUAGCCUAGUGCUUUACCUGCGCAGUUGAUCAGUGAGAGCUGCUACCGUAUAUCUCACAGCAACAGCGCAGCACUGCGGCUGGACAUCGCGUGAAGAUUCAGGGAGAUUGGAGCUCAGAAAGAAAACGAAUCGCACGAAUUUGCACGACAGCUUUCCCUCAAAGCUGAGCGGAUUGGGGACCCUGAUCCUUUGCUCCCGCCUCCUCUCUUCUUCCGUCCUUCCUUCCGCCCCUCGUCCCGUGCGAUGGCACGGAGCGAGUGAUUGAUGGGCCGCUCCCCCGCCUCCCUGUCCAAGCUGAAGCUGGGGAAGCUGAAGGUGGUGCGGCGGCAGCUGCUGCAACGCUAUGAGCACCAGCCCUUCAUCUCCUGCCUGGCGGGCUUCUACGGCUGCCAGUGGAAGCGCUACCAGAGGGCACGUGCCCAGCCGGGCGAGUGCUGCUGCAGCAAGUUGGAAUGUGGCAGUUUUGGGAUCCUGAUAGUGACAUUUUGCCUUACCUUGGUGUUCCUGUACUUCUGGAGUGAGGCACAGAAUGACUACAAUGACUUUGACUGGUUCAACUUCUGGAAAAUGGGCUUCUGGUUCCCCUGGUCACUGGUCUUGCUGAUUGUUGCUGCUGUGCUCUUCACCUACAUCGCCAUCUUGUUGGUGCUUGCAGUGUGUCUUCUCUCUGAGGGACAGAGGCUGUAUUUACACUGGAGCCACAAGAUUGGGAUCCUGGUGACAUUGACCUUCUCCAUUAGUGCCACUGCUGUGCUGUCUGAGCAGUGGAGCAAGGAGUGGAAAACGCUCCUUCUGUCUUUUCAGGUCACAGCACCAUUCCUGCAUGUGGGUGGAGUCUCGCUAAUGACGCUCUUGUCCUGGCCAAUAGCAUUGCACUUCUUCCGCAUGAAUAAAAGAGUGCGGCAGGUGGCUAUCCUUGGGCUGUACCUGGCGAUCCUCUUCACUCUGUACCUGGUGCCCCUGGGCAUGUACUCCCCCUGUAUCAAAGAGGAGGGCAUGCUGGGACCUCCCCCUGCCCUCAUUGGACACAGAGGAGCUCCCAUGCUCGCUCCAGAAAACACACAGCUGUCCUUCGAGAAAGCCGUGGAGGCAGGAGGAGAAGGUCUGGAGACAGAUGUGACAAUCAGUUACGAUGGGGUACCCUUCCUAAUGCAUGACAAUACUUUGCGGAGGACGACCAACGUGCUCGAGGUGUUCCCCAACCGGACAGACACGCCGGCCUCCAUGUUUACCUGGAGCGAGCUGGAAAUGCUCAACGCCGGGGCCUGGUUCCUCUCGUGCGACCCCUUCGGGACUGCUUCUUCACUGGACCCUGAUGACCAGGUCAGGGCUCAGAACCAGACGGUCCCCAGGCUGAGGGACUUCCUGGACCUGGCUGCUCUGCACGGCAAGCUGGUGAUCUUUGACCUGUACCGCCCACCCAGCGAUCACCCUUACAGGGACACCUGGAUCAACCGCACCCUGGAGGUCCUCUAUAACGAGUCGUCCCUCAACUCCAGCCAGAUCUUGUGGUUACCCUCAGAGCAGAGGGACAUGGUGCAGGAGAUUGACCCUGCCCUGCAGCAGACCUCUGGAAGCAAAGCCUCUAUUGAGGAGCUGCAGGAGAACCAUAUUGUCAGACUCAACCUCCACUACAGCUCCAUGUCUCAGGAGCACAUCAGUAAGUACUCCUCCGGGAACAUCAGCACUAACCUGUAUGUGAUCAGCCAGCCCUGGCUGUACUCUCUGGCCUGGUGUGCUGGGGCCCAGUCUGUCACCACCAAUGCCCUGCAUGUCCUCAAGAAGCUGCGCAGGCCGCUCUUCCUCAUGACUCCAGAGGAGUACAGCCUGAUGUGGAUCCUGACAGACGUGGUGUCCGUUGUGCUCAUCGCCAUCGUAUUUGCGUUCCAUUGGUGGCGAGAGAGAGGCCUGCCCUUCUGGUCAGGCAGCAGACAGACACACGAGAAUGGAACCUACAGCAAGUUCAGAACUGAUCAUUCUCGACCCGGGCAAAUCCGACGGAUUCCGUUCCUCUCUGAGGCACCAAGACGGGCUCUGGUUGCACUGCCCCUGGAGUCUUCCUUGUAUUUGCAUGCGCCACCUAUGCAGGGCUACCCGUUGCUUGUGUUGUGACGCUCGCAGUGCCUGUUCCGCUCAACCUUGACCCCUUUACACUUGACCCCUGACUGUUGCACUUUUGUCCUUAGCAGAGCUGAGCGACGUGUGGUCCAUCUCUGGGGUUACUGUUCGGGGAGAGGCCCGAAGCCUGCCCACCACUCCUAACCUGCCCACCAUUUCAGAACAGCCGGAGCCGCUGGUCUGAGAGGGGGAAAGGAAGGCUAUGGCUGCCUCUCCUAUGUCCUUAAACCAUCUGACUAAUACUCCCCCCACCUGGCAACCCAUAAACUCUCACUGCUUCCUGGCAGUGUAUUUAACACAGACAAGUCCGGCUUUUGGCAAACCGUCCAGAGAUUCACGCUGUGACAUUAUUUUUAUAUGUGAAGUAAGUUCCCUGCUGUGGUCAUCUGCUGUUGUGAAGGGAAGUGAAAGAAACCGUUUCUGCAGUUAUCUCAUGUUUACUAAUGAUUCAGCCCCCCUCCUCCGCCCCAAAUCAGCCAAGAGGGAAGGACAGAGCUGAGGAUGACCCAGUUAAACCUGGACCCACUGGACCCCACCCAGUAUCCAUCAACACAUCCUCCCCCUGAGGUGUGACGGUUCCAAUCCACAGGAUUCUCCGUGUCUGCAGAGCUUGGGGUUCAGUGUGGGAAGUAGUGGUGUCAAAAUGGAGUCGCCUUACAGUCUCCUCUUCAAAGGCUGAACGGGACAUUAUUGACUUGAAAGAGGAAUGUCAUGAUCUAAUAUUAUAGAUCUAUUUAUAUUUUACAUUCAUGUAAAACAUCCACAGCAGUGGCACUGGUAAAAAAAAAUGUUAUAUUCUAAAUGUGUUUCAGUGAGCACAUGGGUGAGUGGUGUAAUUUUGUGUGUGCGAGUGUGGUUUUAUUACAGUAAGAUUUUAGCUAUGUUAAUGAUAUUGCUAUGUAUGAAUGUACCAUAAAAUGGAUGGGUUGCAUUGUACUCCCCAGCCUAGCCAAGCCUAGCAUGAAAUUAGAAUAAAAGUGCUGCUUUUUCAUGUUUAAAAAGGCUUAGAGAGGCACAGAGAGAAACAACCAGUCUGCUGAAAAGUUCUUCAUAAUGAAGGGAGAGUAAUAAGCCUGAAAAAGGAUGAAGCUCUCAUGUGCAAUCAGACGUUUCGAGUUAUAUGAAUUUCUGCAACUUUUUUUUGCAGUUUUCCAAAUGUGAAUGGGCACUACUUAUUUUCAUUACACAUGAAAAUAACAUUAAUUGACUUUGUAAAAAAAAAAAAAAACGCAUGAAAGUUUCAAUGAUUUGACUGCCUACUAUUCUGGAGCUGAAAUGAUGGUUUCACGUUUUCCUGACUAAAAAGUGCAAAAAGUAAUUUCAGUGGAAACACCUGGCUUAGCUGGUGCUCAGCACAAAUGUACUGUUUUUAGCACUCAUGGAUGAGAAAAUAUAAUUCUAAUAUAAACACAGCAUUUCGAUUGGUUCAUAUGAGUUAGGACAUGGAAGUUCCUGUCAGAUUAGGACUGUUGAGGCCCCAUUCUCCCACCACUUAUUGGCUUUUCCUGGCAUGUUGGUUUUUGUAUUUCAGUAAGACCAAGCAUAUGUCCAAGCAUGUAUACUGCACAGACCUUUACAUGCAACUGAACAUUAAUUUAAACCCUGAUUUCCAAAUAAUUUCAUUGUUUCAUGUUUACAGAUAUGUAUAUAGUAUAUAAUAAACCACAAUCUUCAAGGCUCAUGAAACAGCUAAUUCUUUUCAAAAGAAGUAAUCACCAUGCAUUUUCUGACAAUUCUGUGAUUUAAGAGGAGAAAGAAAACAAAAACCCUACAAAUUCAACCAAAAAUACUGACCCUUCUGCUAAGGAAAUUAAGGUACUGGCUGACGGUGAAAUAAACAGAAACUUGACAUUCUCCUUGGCAGUGUCCCACACUGCCCCAUAUGUAUGACCAUCAAGUCAAAUUGAACUGGACUGAAGCUCAGGUACUUCAGAUGACUUGGUGGAACAUUUCUUGCAUUUAUCUAAAAGAGAGAACAGUGAUGUUUUAUUCUGCUGCUCUUACCUGUGAAAUGCAGGCGACUGUGAGAGAUUGUGUGAGGUCCACGUGCUGUAGGCCCUGCAGACAUUAUUGUUACGAAAGGGCAAUUAUGUAGUUACCGUAUGUUCUGGGUUAUGAAAUGAAUAGAGUGGCACAUUUAUUUUUUAUUUUUUUAUGCUGUGUGGAUGACUGCCAUGAUUUUAUUUUAUAGCAACCUCUCUGGACUGUAAUAUUAACAACCAUCUCAUAUUAAAAAUAUAAUUUUGGACAA